UGCCAAAAAAGUCCAUCCUCCGCCCCCCUCCCCAGCUAACUUCCUUCCAGCAUUUCCUGAGCUGGAUAAUCCCAGGAUUUGUGAAAACAGGGGAAAGGGGAGAGCAGGAGAGAGUGCCUUAAUGUAGAAAACCCAUUCCUUAUUUUUCCUAACAUUGUCUGGUUGAUGAAAAAUAAAAUAAUAUAAAAGAAUGGGCUAAAAAGUAAUGAUCUAUAGAGACUUUACUAGUUCUUUUCCAUCACGAUUUUAUUUUUCUCUCCCUUUCCUCUCUUUUUGCAAGUUCAUAGAAGAAAGGAUUUUGAAGUAGCUGAUCUCUUCUCUCUGGCUGACCCAGCAAGAUCCAGCUUGAUUUAAUUUCCUUACCAGCUUGAGUUGGCUUUGGAGGUUCCUGGGAUCCAGUGGCAAGGAAGUGAGCACCUCAGCUAUCAUCAGCCCUCUGUUGCUGGGUUUUUUUCGCCCCAUUGAAGCGAUUGGUUCCCCGCUAUCCACCUCCGGCUUAGGAGAACCGAAUGUGGGCUAUGAUCUCUCUGCUGCUGCCUACUGGAGAUCUCUGUAUUGUCUGGACCUCUCCCUUCCACAACUGCUGCAGCUGCGAUAACUUCACAUCUGGUGAGGAUUAAUGUUGAUACAUCUAGUUGGACGUUCUUCUGGACUUUCAAUGUCACUGACCAGAAACGGGACACUAGCAACCAGGAUCUGAGAAGAAGGGGGAGCUUUGCACUUGUCUGGUGCAGACUGAGGGGGGUGGGGGGGAAGGAAGGAGGGUGCAAGCCUCUUUUUGGAACUAACUCAUGAAGAACAAGGGAGGAAAGCCGAAACUCAAGAGGAAAGGAGCGGCAAAUGUCUUUGGCUGUGAUCUGACAGAAUACCUGGAGAGCUCUGGACAAGAUGUUCCCCCAGUCCUGAAGAGCUGUGCAGAAUUCAUAGAGACUCACGGAAUUGUGGAUGGAAUUUAUCGGCUGUCUGGAGUGACAUCCAACAUUCAAAAGCUGAGGCAAGAGUUUGGCUCAGACCAAUGCCCAGACCUGACAAGGGAAGUUUACCUUCAAGACAUCCACUGUGUGGGGUCACUCUGCAAAUUAUACUUCAGGGAGCUGCCGAAUCCCCUCCUCACUUAUGAACUUUACAAGAAAUUCACGGAGGCAGUUUCAUGCUUCCCGGAGGAAGACCAAUUGGCCCAAAUUCAGAAUGCCAUCCAGGAGCUUCCACCAUCUCAUUACAGGACUUUGGAAUACCUGAUCAAGCACCUGGCUCUUCUGGCUUCCUUCAGCAGCAUGACCAACAUGCACACCAGGAACUUGGCUUUAGUAUGGGCACCUAAUCUCCUCAGGUCAAAGGACAUUGAAGCUGUAGGUUGCAAUGGAGAUGCUGCUUUCCUGGAGGUGCGAGUCCAGCAGUUGGUGAUUGAGUUUAUAUUGAACCAUGUGGAUGAACUCUUUAGUGAUAACACUGAUGCCAGGCCAAAGGAUACUGAGGAGAACAAACCCAUAAUGAAGAGCCUGACACUGCCACCAUCUGUCUCUCUGCCAAUGAAGCUGGUGAGCCUGGAAGAAGCUCAGGCGCGUAGCCUCUCAGCUUGCCACCCUGCCCGCAAGGAACGGCGGGAGAAUAGUUUGCCAGAAAUUGUCCCAGCCACUGGUUCCUUCUAUCAUACCGUCCUUGACCUCCCUGACAGCAAGAGAAAGUUAUCCACAAAAUCCAAGAAAUGGAAGUCCAUCUUCAACCUGGGCCGUUCUGGCUCAGAAGCAAAGACUAAACUAAGCCGCAAUGGGAGUGUAUUUGUACGAGGAGGGCAGAAGCUGUCUGAAAAAGCAACCAUCAGGCCAGCUAAAAGCAUGGACUCACUGUGUUCGCUUCCAGUAGAAGGAGAUGAUGACAAAAGCCACUUCAAGCGGACAGUCAUGACCGGCGGCUUCUUUGUUCCAGUUAUGAAACCAAGGAUGGGGAAUCCAAGCAGCUCCUCUGAUCUCAGCAAGCACGAAACAGAGUGUUAUCCAAAGGGUGCUGUGAAGGGGGCAGAGGGAGGGCCAGAGGAAAGGGGUGAGAAUCAUAAUUCUCACCCAACUCAAAUCAGGCCCCUUCCAGAACAACUGAAGGUGUUCCGGGCUGUUGAAGACCCCGAGAAUGAGCAAACCUCCCCCAAGAUGUGCCGUAUGUUCUAUACUUCCAAUGAUGGGAUGGCCAAAUCAGGAUUCCAUGGGGCCCUCUUCCCCUUGGAAGCUUCUCCUCGGCACCAGCGGAAAGCCUUGAACAUAUCGGAGCCUUUUGCUGUCUCGGUGCCCCUUCGAGUGUCUGCGGUCAUCAGUAUCAACAGCACCCCUUGCCGUGUGCCUGCUAAAGAUAAGCCCGCAUUCUCCAGCCUGCAAGAAUCUUCUUUCCUGGGUCAGGAGGGUGCCGUUUCCCCUGACUCUGAAGGAGAGAGCCACGCUAGGCUGGAGCAGGCCACAGUCAAGGAGGAACAGAAGCCCGAGUCCAAAUCAUUAGGAGAUCCUACUUCUGAGGAACUAGCAGUGGCCAAGAAACUGAAGUGUGGUGAUGCUCAACAAGCAGUAAGCACCCAGAGGGCAAAGGCUGUUAUUGACCAUUGCAGCCAAACUCUAGGGGGGAAACAGAACUUGGAGCCAGAAGCACCAAUCAAGAUUCCAGCAAACCAUCAGCAGACAGAGCAAGCAAGUCAAGACCAGCUUGGAAUUCAAGACAGGCUAUCACCAGGUGGUCAGCAGCAGGAGGCACAGAGGGAUAAAGCAGAAGACAUCUCACACCUCAGGGACCUGGCACAUGCUGAUCAUUCCAGUGUUGCAAUGGAAACUCUGUGGCCAGAGAUUCAACAAGAGCUGAAAAUUGUUGAGUCUGAAGAGGAACUCCCAUUUGCCGUGGUUUCACCCGAGAAAGGCCAACAGCAACAGGAGUUUAAGGCUAGUGCUACAUCGGUAUCAUCUUCAGAAGCAAACAAUGUAGCAUGCAUCUCUGUGCUGCCUUUGCCAUCUCUGGAGGAUGAAAAUCUGGUCGGAAACACAGUGGCUCUACCUUACAUUCCAUUGUGUGGUGGUUCUUCCAAAGAAUCAACGCACACCCCUGUUUGUGACUCCAAAGUGUUCAAAAAGCAGGAUGAUGUUUCUCUCACCUUACCAAAACUGGAAAAUAUCCCAUAUGAGAUACCUUGUUCAACGGUGUGUCUGGAGAAUGAGGACACAAGACGUGGCUCUCUAUCCAUGCCUCAAGAGCAGAAGCUGCCAUCAAAACCACUGGAAAGCACAGCUGUUUCAAGAGACGAAUCCUUAUCACAUCCCAAAGAAAAGCAUUUGGGCCAAUCAAGGUGGGAAGGUAACAACUGGCUUCUUCAAAGUAAGAAGGAUGCAAUCAGUGUCAGUCAAGCACAGGAAGGUCAUGACAUGUUUUCAGGCACUGAAGACCUGGCCAGCUCUAGAACCUUAAUUGUAGCUGGAGCUGAACAAGUCAAGGAGAACAGCACGAAUGAUCAAACCCAAGACUCUCUUGACCAGCAAGAGGAAGAUACAUGGGUAGAUCAUGGCCAGAGUUUAGAGUUGGUAGAACCAUGGGAAGAUCACCAGUGGGUCACCAGCCCCCUUCAUUCCCCUACUUUCAAGGACGUCCAAGGAAAAGCACUUCAGGAGUUUCAGCCACCAAGCCAAGGAGUGGCUCAGAGCCAUUUCAAGAAGCCAUGUUUCAGCCGUAGCUUUUCUUUGGACAGUAAAGACUUUGUGAAGAGGCACUGGGCUGUUCAGGUGCCUUUUAUAAGUGCAAAUGAUGAGCAUCUUUAUGGUGACACCCAGUCAAGUGUCAGAGAAUCCUCAACGUCACAAUGGAAAGACACUGAUAGAGUAGAAGCCUGGCUGAAUCUCUCAGAAGAACCUUCUAAGCUUGUUGAGACAAGCAAGAAUCAUCUGAGCUUUGAAGCCGCCUUUGCAGCUAAAGAAUUUCCAUCUGCGCACUCUCCUGAGAAAGAGUCACAGGAGAAGGAAGCAUAUGUGGCCAAAAGAGACCAAGAAGUCUUGAAGCUGGAGUAUCAAAGCAAUAUUGGAGACAGUGUUUUAAGUUCAAAUAGCCCAAAAGAAGUGUCAGUUAGUGUUCAAGAAGCAGAUAGCUCUGGAGCAGCUGUCACAAAAAACAAUGCUAUAGAGUCCCAGGUCAAUAAAAGUGAAGAUGUCCCCCGGAAAGAGAGGCCAAGGCCAUCUUCCCUCAAUCUGGAUUCUGUGCUUCCAUCUACCAACAUUUUUAGCUUUGAGAGUCUUUCUGUGCCUACUCCUCCGCGGCAUUUCCUGUGUGGACAAAAAGAAGUUAAGACCAGUGACUCUGUGCCAUCACUUCCUGUUGCCUGCCCAAGCAAGAACAGAACUGACCUAUGGGGUUCUCGCUUUGAUCCCCAAGACUUAGACCUCGACUACAUAAUGAUGGCUCAUGCUGCCACUGGUCGCCGUAACUCGGCUCCAGUGAGUGUCUCAGCAGUCAGAACCUCUUUCAUGAUUAAGAUGUGCCAGGCUAGAGCUGUGCCAGUCAUUCCACCCAAGAUUCAGUAUACACAGGUCCCCCAGCCCCUACAGACACAAAACCCCAACUGCAGGGCCCAGGUGGCACUAGAGAAUAAAGAAGUGGAAGCCAAUUUAGGCCAGUGUAAGUCAGUUCAAAAUGCUCAGGGUCAGCUACAGGCCCCAAAGAGUCCAUCGUUAGAGAAGAAGGGGAAAGAAAACAGUAACACAGCCCUUGUUGAUUUGACAAUAAGUAAAAAGAUAGAACCAUCUUUCUCCAAUCACGGUUCCACCCAAGAUGCACCAGUUCUUCGUCGAAAGCGUACUUCAGAAGGAGAGGCUACUGGAGACACUCCCCAGUCCUCAAAAAUGGAGAGGCCAUCAGGUGUUUCCAAGCCUUCUUACAGAUCUAGACCAGGAAGACCUCAGAGUCUAAUCCUCUUUAGUCCUCCCUUCCCCAUCAUGGACCAUCCCUCUUCCUCUGCAGACGCUAGGGUGUUGCUCUCACCCAUAAAAAGUCCCUCUCACACACCCUCGCCGAGCCCCAUUGCCAGUGAUAUGUCUGGGACAGCUUCAGAAGGGGUCACUCUUCGGAACAAGAUGACCAUUCCAAAGAAUGGACAAAGACUUGAGACUUCCACAAGCUGUUUUUAUCAACCCCAAAGAAGAUCUGUGAUUCUGGAUGGGAGAAGUGGGAGGCAGAUUGAAUAAUCCUUGUUAAUUCUCUUCCCUUCUCUUCCCUGGUGGAUGAGAUUGAGGAGGUAACACUGAGAACUAUAAUGACGUUAUUGUUCUACAUGUAUUACUCAAAAAGUACUUAUUCAUCAAUUCCUCCUGUUCCUUACUUUAUUGCUUGUCAUGUGUAACUGAUCUGGUUCUGAGCCCACCUUGACAAAGGGUGAGCCAAAUGAAGGCAAAAAAAUGGUGGGUGUAUAGACAGAGAUUGAUCCUUGUUCCCCAAACCAAAGUUAUCCUCUUCCAUACUCUCCCUCAUUCCUCAGCUUCCCAGAAUCAUCUCAAGAACUUAUGCUUGACUCCAGAUCUAGCUCUGAUCCUCUCUAUGGUCAUAAAAGUUGCUUCUAGGUUGGUUUUGAUUUGUCCUAGACUGGAGAUUCCAACCCAUGACCUUAACAAAAAGCCUGUAGGCCUUUUAACAUCCCUCUCCCUUUAUGUACAUACUUACAAGGAACAUUGUAAUGAAUGUGGUAUGCAAAAUGAGCACUCAGAUAAGUAGUUUAAGGUGAAUGUUCGUGUGUGUCCGCUAAAAUUUAUCUUGAUAGGCUAUGCUUGCCAGGAAGCAGGUGUUUCUUGCAAUAGUCCUAUUCCCAUAACAUUGGUUUUGCCAUCCUUUUGGAUAAUUUAGAGCUAACUGCAGGGUUUUUAUAUUAAUUGAUUCUAGGGAAUUUUACAAAUAGCCAUAUAAGCUAUAUGUUCUCAGAGGUUGGCAGCCUUAGUAAUGCAGCAGCAAGGGGGGGAAGCCACUGCCAACCCAAUUGAUUUUCUCUCCAAAGUGUUGUUUGUUUCACUAAUCCUUUUGAAGGAUCAUGCCCAGGUUCAGUAGUUGCUGAAGGGAGUGAUGGGCAGAGCUGUCACAGUAAGCUGCCAGCAACCAUAUUAGUUCUGUUUUUCUUUUGUGCCACUCUUUAUUUGAAGAAAUUGUAGCAGAAUUUCUCUCUCUCUCUCUCUCUCAUUGUUCCAAAUGAGCUUGUUCUUUAAGCUGCCAUUUAAUGUGUAGCACUGGAAUAGUAGGUGUCAAGAAGGGAAUGUACUGUGUAUUCUGAUGUGCAAAGGAAUUCUUGUGCUAAUUUGCAGUUGUGAAUCAUUAUGUUGGAACUAAAGAGUGGAAAACCCCAUGUAUUGGUGAAUCAAAAAUCUUACCUGUGAUUUGUAGAGCAUAGAUGCUCUGUGGGUUAUAUUGAGUAUAGAUAUCCUCUGGAUUACAAGUCCAGUGCCAUGUUUUCCUGGGGCAAGCAAGUAAAAAAGAACAGAUCUAGGGCCAGAAUCCUUUUGUUGUUGUUUUUAAUCAUGCUCAGAAGAGAAAUUGUGGAAGUCGCCAUGGCCAAUUGAUGAAGCACUAGUUGCAUGUUAAAUGCACGACUGAUCAUACACCUGUUCAUACAGCCCAUACUUUAUCUGUUAGCCAUUGUGCCUGCUGCAAUUUCUUUUCCAAAUGCAGUUAAAAACCGGUCAGAUUCUGGCCUAGAUAAGCAGAUCUGCAGAGGCAAGUAAAGGAAAAGGUCUGUUUGCACAAGAGAUCUGCCUUUUUGCUGCUUGUGCUAAUAUGUCGAAGUGACAUGAAACUGCACAAAUACAUAUUCGAAGAAUGGAGAAUCUUUUGAAGGCUGGGGACUCCACCCAUCAGGCCCUAGACCUUGGAGGACCACUCCUAUGACUGGUGACCCCCCAAAAUGUCUUAUAGAAAUACGUGGAUUCUUUUUAAGAGGCAAGGUUAUUAUUGAAAAAGUUCCCUUGGCCUGUUUGCCCUAAAGAACCUACUUCUUUUAAAGCAAGAGGGCUGGCACACUUCAAAAUGUGGCUAAAUUGCCCCUCAUGCUUCUUAGGCAGUCACAAGAGGACUGUUUGAGCAUUCUGUUUUCAGUUUAAGAAUUAUUAAUAUUUAGAUGUAGAGGUGCUAAGAUACCCAGUGUGGUGUAGUGGAUAGAGUGACAGACUAGGACUCGGGAGAAUUGAGUUCAAAUCCCUGCUCA